AUGGGUUCUAGCUUUGGAACUAAUGGUUUGAACUUAUCAGUUGGGAUGCAAGCGACAAGUAAGGAUAGACCAGAUGAGGGUGUUGAAGGUGAACAUAACUAUGCAUUUGCAAGGAUUCCUUACGAUGGAACAAAAAUGCUGAUAAGCUUAAACUGGAAAAACAAUAAAAUAAAUUUGACGAGAGAGAAAUCAGAGGAAAUUAGAAUUACAAUUGCUCGUUUGAAAAGAACAUUGGCAAAAAUAACUGAUAGGAGCAGAGGUGUGAAGAGGAAGGCGAAAUCAGUAGCAGAAUCGACUAGUACAAAUGAUUUUUCGAUAUCCUUUCUCACGAAUGUUUUUAAAACAUUUGACGAAAACACAACAUGUGAAGAUACGAUUAAGGGUUCCUCAUUUAUAUCCAUAAAUGACACUCUUUUGCAACUCUUUACCAAUAUAACACAACUGAAAAGGGUUGAAAUAGCGGAUUUCACAAUGUUGGGUUGCCCCGUGCCUAUUAUUGUGAAAGAUGAGGAUGAUAAUAUCGUGGAAAAUAUAACUGUAGAGUGGAUAGACUCUAAUGGGAAAGUCUUUGGAACUGGCUUGAUAUAUACGCCAACUCAAUCUAUACUUGGAUUUAAAAUUAAGGCUAGGGUAAUAAACAGGAAUAUGAAAUAUAAUAUAUUGGAAUCAGAUUAUACUGAAAUUGUGGCACCACCAUCAUGCCGAUGGCAAAUUAGUAGAAUCCAACAAUUCAAUGCUACAUUCAAAGAAAAAGUGAAUGGAUUACUUCAAUCAGAUACUGAUGAUCUUAGAGUCAUGUCAUUUAACAUUUUAUCGCCAACAUAUAUCUCAUCUUCUGAUGCUAUCUCCAGAUUUUUUCCGUAUUGUCCUCUAGAAUAUCUUGAUUAUAACUAUCGAACGCAAUUAAUACUUCGCGAAAUACUUAACCUUUCGCCAAAAAUAUUAUGUACCCAAGAAUGCUCCUCUAGAGUGUAUAGAGAGUAUCUUAAACCCUCUUUAUCAAACAACUAUGAUUCUUGGCUCACACUUAAAACGGGUAAUUCAGAUGAAGGCUGCGCUACAUUUAUUCAUAAGGACUUUUUGUUUAAUUUGGAACAUCUGGAUCUUUCAUUUAAGGAAGUUAUAAAAUCUGACGAAUACAAGUUUAUACGUGAUAAUGUUGCACAGAAUUGGCUGUUAUUUGAUGAUCGUUAUUUUGAUAGGUACCACACAAUAUACCAGUUUGGAUGUUUUAGAAAACGGAAUGAUGAUUCUAAGUUUGUAUUUUUAGCAAACACGCACUUAUAUUUCCAUCCAAUGGGAAGACAUAUUAGAUUACUUCAGGCUUAUGUUCUCCUUAGGGAAAUGGAAAAGUUUAAAAAGAAAAUGAGUUUGAAAUAUAGUUUUGAUAUUGAAAAGGAUUCGUUCACCUUAAUUUGCGGUGAUUUCAAUUCUUUCCCUGGUGAAACUGUAUACAAAUUUAUGACUAAUGGGUUCAUCCCAUACAAUCAUCAGGAUUGGAAAUUUGGUUCGUUUUAUUUACACCUUUUAUCUAAACAUUCUUUAGGUGAAAUAUUUGGAUAUGACAGAACCAAUCUUUCGGUAGCAGAGAGCUACAGGAAACCUAGCGAGGACUAUACAAAGGAUUUGGAUAUAGAAUCUAUAAGAAAUUCACACGAGUAUUUAUUUGUAGAAGACUACCAGGGUUAUUCAGAGGCAUACAUUGGUAGAGAAUUAUUAUUUACAAAUUUUGUCCAGACAUUUAAAGGAACGUUGGAUUAUAUUUAUCACUCCAAAAACAUCAAGGUAAAGAGAGUUCUGCCAGGAAUAACAUCUGAGGAAGCACAAGAACAUACUGGACUACCUUCCAAGUUAUAUCCAUCAGAUCACUUGUCAAUAGCGGCAGACUUUUAA